AUGGACUCCGCGGCGGCGCAAAACCUCGCGGUUCGCAACCUCUACGCCAAAAUCGAAAAGGUCGGUGAAGGAACGUACGCCUCGGUCUUCCUCGCACGCAACAUCAAGACCAACCAAAAGGUCGCCAUCAAGAAGAUCAAGAUCGUCUCCAACGAGAAUGGCAUGGACGUGACCGCCAUCCGCGAGGUCAAAUUCCUCAAAGAGCUAGAUCAUCCGAACGUGAUCAAGAUGGUGGAUGUCUUCUCCUCGGGCUCCGCCUCUCCGUCACUCAACCUGGUGCUCGAGUUCCUCGAUACGAACCUGGAAGCGCUCAUCAAGGACAAGACGCUCAUCUUUACGCAAGCCGACAUCAAGGGCUGGAUGGCGAUGCUCUGUCGUGGCAUGGAAUACUGUCACCGUCACUGGGUGCUGCAUCGCGAUCUCAAGCCGAACAACUUGCUCAUCUCGCCGUCGGGUGAGUUGAAGAUUGCCGAUUUCGGUCUUGCCCGUGAACACGGCGAUCCAGGGGCGCGGAUGACGCAUCAGGUGGUGACCCGGUGGUACCGUCCACCGGAGCUGCUGCUAGGCUCCCGCGCCUACUCUUCAGGGGUGGACAUGUGGAGCGUAGGAUGCAUCUUCGCCGAGCUCAUGCUGCGCGUACCCUACCUGCCAGGCGAGUCUGACGCCGAACAGCUCAAUACGAUCUUCAAAGCCCUAGGCACACCGAGCGAGAAGGACUGGCCAUGCCACAAGAGUCUGCCGGACUACAAGGCGUUCGAGCAACACCCGAAGAGCAACCUCGCCGACCUCUUUCUCGCAGCAAGCCCGGAAGCACUGGACUUCUUGCAACGCACCCUCCUAUUCGAUCCACUCAAGAGGCUCAGCGCCAAUCAAGCCUUGCACCAUCAGUACUUCAAGCAGAGCCCACCACCGACAUCGUUCAAGCAGCUUCCGAGGCAUCCGACAAAGGCGUUGGAUCCAGACGACCCGGCAUCGCAUCCGCUGCUCUCGGAUAGCAAGGAGAAGAACGAGGCGCGCGAGAAGCAGCAAGUUCGCGGGAAUGGUGGGAAUAAGCGACCGCUUGACGCGAAGGAGAUCGAGGAGAGGAAAAGGUUGGCAAGGAAGCUGGCGUUCGAGUAA